AUGAAGGAUCUUGGUCCUUUGCAGUAUUUUCUUGGUAUUGAAGUUGCCUCUUCUCCAAAAGGCUAUUUUCUGUCUCAGGUUAAGUAUGCUAAUGAGGUCAUUCACCAUGUUGGUCUUACUGAUACUAAGGUUUUUGAUACCCCUACUAAGCUUAAUGUGAAGCUCAACUCUACUGAUGGUGUCCCAUUGGAUGAUCUCAUUUUAUAUCGCGAGCUUGUGGGUUGCUUAGUUUAUCUGACAGUUACUCGUCCUGAUCUUGCCUAUGCUGUGCAUGUGGUUAGCCAGUUUGUUUUUGCUCCUCGCUCUCCACAUUGGGCAACACUGGUUCAGAUUCUUCACCAUCUCCGAGGUACAAUCUUUCAGGGUUUACUAUUGUCCUCUACUUUCUCUUUGGAUUUGGUGGCCUAUGCUGAUUCUGAUUGGGCUAGUGAUGUUACUGAUUGCAAGUCCAUGCCUGGUUUCUACAUGUUUCUUGCCGAUUCCUUGAUCUCUUAA